UGCAGAUAUGAGCGCAAAAUCUGAUUUGACGAGCUGCUGGACGGAUUACCGAGACGAGUACCGGCCGCUGCAGCCCCGCAGCCUGACCCACGUCAGCGCCAAGUCCUGGAUCUCCGCAGAGCCGGUGCGCGCGCCGCUCUCCAGGAGGGACGCGCGCGGCUCCUCCUCCGACCAGGGCGCCAAACUUGAGCCGGACGAGGCGGCGCAGGGAGACGCGGCGGCGAUCAGCCACUUCGGCCCCCAGAGGCACCGGCGCGUCGCCGCCAACGCCAGAGAGCGGCGGAGGAUGCACGGCCUGAACAAAGCGUUCGACGAGCUGAGGAGCGUCAUCCCGUCCCUGGAGAACGAGAAGAAGCUCUCCAAGUACGACACCCUGCAGAUGGCGCAGAUCUACAUCACCGAGCUGUCGGAGCUGCUGGACGGCGUGGUUCACCCGGAGCGCAGGAGUCCGUCCGCGGACCGCAGCGCCAGGAGCCGGAGUCUGAUCCACAGCGCCGGCGGGGAGCACCGCAUGGUCCUCGGACCAACGUGCGACCUGAGCAGCAGCAGCAGCAGCGACGGAGAAUGUUCACAUCACAGCGAUUCAGAGGAAAGUCCGAGCAGCAAGUGA